AUGAAACUUUGUUUCAUAAGCCUUUUUUUGGUAAUCUCAUCAUUGCGACCAUGCCUUGGUUUCGAGUUUCCCUUCUGGAGAACGCCGACGGUCGGGGAGGGGUUGAUGCUGCCUCUUUCGGCUCCAGAGCAGUGCCCACUGAAUCCUCCAUUGUCGUGCUUCAAUAAGACUGAAGUGUCUAAUCUGUGCUGUUUCGAAUAUCCUGGUGGAAUUUUAUUGCAGACGCAGUUCUGGGACUACUUGCCUCCAGUCGGUCCCGAUGACAUGUUCACGUUGCACGGGCUCUGGCCAGAUAACUGUGAUGGAUCAUACGAGCAGUUCUGUCACAAUUCAGAGACAAUUCAGAGUGGAAAGAAGAUUUUGGAGGCGUUUGGAGAAUACGACCUUUUGGAGAAAAUGAACCGGAUUUGGAAAAAUUUUAAUGGCGAUGAUGAUUCGUUGUGGGUCCAUGAGUUCAAUAAACAUGGUACGUGUAUGACCACAUUGUCACCUAGUUGUUAUGACCAGUCCAACUACAGCGUCAACCAGAACGUAGUCGAUUUCUACAGGGCUUCAGUCGAUCUCUACGAGCAACUUCCCACUUUCAAAUGGCUCAGCGACAACGGCAUUGUUCCAUCUGAAGAGCAGACCUACUCCAAACAGCAGAUUGAGGACACUUUGAGCGCCAGAUUCGGCCAGCCGGUCUUUGUCUCCUGCAACAGAUACCAUGCAUUGCAGGAAGUAUGGUAUUUCCACCAUUUGAAAGGGAGUAUCACUAAUGGAGAGUACGUUCCUAUUCCUGCUUUGGCCAACUCUAAAUGCCCUCCCGAAGGUAUUCGGUUCUUGCCUAAGUCGUUCAAGCCAUCCCCUACUGGUGGACCGCCAUCGCAGCCAAAGCCAACUGGAGGCAGUGGGAUUGACGGUUAUAUUAAGUUGACUGAAUUACCCGGGUGUCUUAUCGGCAAUGGCCGCUGGUAUACUUCGGGCACAUGCGCCAGGUAUAAGCUGAUCAAAGCCCCGUUUGGUGGCUACAACCUGAAGACGAGCAAGGGUUGGUGCGGCAUUGGAGCCACAGGGGAUCUAGAGUGCAACCCCAGGAUUGGUCCAAUGCAGUUUGGGUACGACAAAGAAAGAAGCCUGAUUACUUACGGAGGAAAGUUAAUUUGGUCUGCCGACCAGACAGCAGGGAGAUUUACGCAAGUGCCCAUCUAUCCGGGAAAUACAGGGGAUGUAACCUUCAAACUUAAGUUUGAGAGUUCUUGA